AAGCAGCAGCUCUUCAAGUAACCAGCUAGAAACUACAUAAAAUCCAUCAUGACCGGACGCGGUAAAGGAGGUAAAGGUCUUGGAAAAGGAGGAGCCAAACGUCAUCGUAAAGUACUCCGCGAUAACAUCCAGGGAAUCACCAAGCCCGCCAUCCGUCGGUUGGCUCGUCGUGGUGGAGUGAAACGUAUCUCCGGUUUGAUUUACGAAGAGACCCGCGGCGUGUUGAAAGUGUUCCUGGAAAACGUAAUCCGUGAUGCAGUCACCUACACCGAGCACGCCAAGAGGAAGACCGUUACAGCUAUGGACGUCGUCUAUGCCCUGAAACGUCAAGGACGCACCUUGUACGGUUUCGGCGGUUAAUGUGCACGCUAUAUACCCUACGAUGUAAUAACAUUUAUUAAAAAAGGCCCUUUUCAGGGCCACCA